AUGGAAAAUCUUCCAUACGAACUUCUUUACACAGUUAUUGAAAAACAGUUGAUAUCAACUGAUUAUUGGUCUGAUGAUUACUACAUAUCAGUGUCUGAUUAUGACACAAUAUUGUCUUUGGCAAUAGUGUCCAAUACAUGGCAGUCCAUUGUCAAACCAUUCUACCUCAAACUCAAACCCAUGAUGCCUCCAUUGAUUCUCCUCACUCAUGCCUCACAUUGUUACCUAUUCAACAUUGUGAGAGAAGAAUUCCUUGCAAUUCAACUACCCCAAUUGCAUCGAAGGUGGGUUCGAAGUUGUUCCCACGAGUGGUUACUAACGAUUACUCAUGAUUUCCCAUACCAAAUCCGCCUUCUGAACCCUCUUUCGAGAGCUUCGAUUAGGCUACCACCGAUGUGGAAUAGAUUCGAGGGACUGGAGGAGUUGAAGGUUACUGUAUCUACAAGCCCUUCGGAUCCUAACUGUGUAAUUCUAGCUAGACAUGCAGAAGAGUCUAAGUUGGCCUUUUGUAGACCUGGUGACAGAACCUGGACAAGAUUGAGACCUGCUCAAAAUAGGUAUUCUAGUGCCAUAUUCUAUAAGGAUCAAUUAUACUUGAUAGAAUAUGGUACUUCUGAUGUUCUCAACCUGCUUCGAUGCAUCGAUUUGGGCCGUCUCGUUUCAAUUACACAGAAAUCGAUACAAAAGCCGGAACGAUGCUUGUCUGUGGAUACAUACCUGGUGGAUUCCUCUGCAGAUUUGUUGCUUAUUUUGAAAUAUAACUACUGGGAUGAUAUUAAACUAUCAGGGAUGGGUUGCACAUACGGCUACUCGUGUGAGCUAAGUAAUCCUCUGUUUGAGGUAUAUAAGUUGCAGAACAGAGACUGGGUUGAGGUGGACAAUGUCGGCGAGAAUGCUAUAUAUUUGAGUCCGAAUUGCUCUGUAUCAAUGCCUGCUACGGACAUGGAUGAAUGUACAGCAAAUAGAAUCUAUUUCUUCGAUGCCUCGGGUGAUGAAACUGGAUAUAUGACUGGUGUCUAUCACAUCAAGAAUCGAUACGUGGAGUUGGCUUAUCAGUCUUCACCAUCCUGGACUGCUCCUCUAAGCUGGUUCACACCAGAAUUAAGAAGUUAG